AUGGUUAUGUCAGAAAUUGCAUUUGGUGUUGUAAGUUCAGAAAACUAUGAGGAUUGGCUAUGGUUUUUGCAGAAAUUGAAGGGCAUACUUCAAGAUAAAGAGGUAGUCAUAAUAUCAGAUAGGCAUCAAACAAUCCUUCGUAGUGUUUCUCAACUUUUUGGAGUAGAAAAUCAUGCAUAUUGUUAUCGUCGUGUGAAAGAGAAUUUUAGUAGCUAUGUGAGGAAACAUAGUAUGAAGGGAAAAAAAUGUAAAAUGGAUGCAUUGUUGCUACUUGAUAAUGUUGUGUAUGCUAGGUUGGAUGAUGAUUAUGUUGUAGCCAUGGAAAAAUUAAAGACAUAUAACAGUGACCUAGCGAAGUGGGUUGAAGAGAACAUUCCACAACAUUGGGCAAUGUCAAAGUUUGCCAAAAAACGAUGGGAUAAGAUGACAACUAAUCUUGCUGAAUCAUUCAAUGCUUGGCUGAAGGAGGAACGUCAUUACACAAUUUUCAACUUAGUAAUGACACAUAUGGAUAAGUUAGCUCAUCUAGCAUGUGAUCAUAUGGGUUCUACAGAAAAUUGGAAAGCUGCAAUUGGCCCAAAGACCGAGGAAAAGUUGUUGGAAAACAUUAUAAAGAGUGGGUCAUUGCCUGUAUAUCCCUAUGUUGGUGGUGUGUUUAAGGUAUUCAAUAUGAAAGUAUAUGUAGACGUGAAUUUGAGAGAGCGUACAUGUACUUGUAAGGCUUGGCAAAUGGCCGGAAUACCUUGUGAGCAUGCAUGUGCAGCAAUACACCAGAUGAAACAAGAUGUUUAUGAAUAUGUUGACUCAUAUUUCAAGCUUCCAAUGCAAGAGUUGAUAUAUUCUGGACACUUCAAUUCAAUUCCAAAUCACAAUAUGCCUAUAGUUGAUGCUGAUGGAUGUGUUCGUGAUGCUCAAGGUCACUUAUAUCCUUCACUUAAACCUCCAUGCUCAAAACGACCACCUGGAAGGCCUCGACACCGUCGAAUAGAGUCUCAAUUUAGUUCAAAAAGGCUUAUCUUCUGUUCACGAUGUCAAGUUGCAGGCCAUAAUCGAGCUUCAUGCAAAAAUCCAUUACCCGCUCCAUGA